AGCCAAGAAGCAUUUCGAUCAUCCCUAGCUAGCUUGCAAAAACCAAAAGAGUUUAUCAUCAUGGCGAAGCGCAACGAGAAGGGUCCUCUUUCAGUUCUCCUGGCUUUGGCCAUCGCUGUGGUCCUCCUCGCCGCGCAGGUGAAGCCGGCGGUGGGUGGCGGCUACACCGAUCCUAUGCAGGCUGAGGUGAGGAAGAUAGUGGGGGGCAGACUCUACGACGCCCCUGGCCUCAUCCGUCUCCUCUUCCACGACUGCUGGGUCCAGGGUUGCGAUGGAUCCGUGCUGCUAACUGAGACACCGUACAAGAGCAAAGACGGGAAGACGGAGCAGGACGGGCCGGCGAACAUCGGCCUCCGGGGCUUGGACAUGAUCCAAGCGAUCAAGGACAAGCUCUACGCCCACGACAAUGCCGUGACCUGCGCCGACGCGGUCGUCUACGCUGCACGUGAGGCCACAUACCUCCUCAGCAACAAGCAGAUCAUCUACGACGUCGCCGGGCCGGGCUCCCACAGGGACGGCCUCGUCUCCUCCGCGGACAAAACCAACGUCCUCCCAGGGCCGACCUCCGGCUACGACGACCUCGUGAAGAACUUCCAUGACAAUGGCGGCCUCGACCACGAAGACCUCGUGGCCCUCUCCGGCGCGCACGGCGUCGGCAAAGCCCACCUCUCGACCUUCGCCGACCGCUUCGGCCCGGCCGCCGACGAUGAGAUCAACCACGCCUACAGAGAUGCCCUCAAGAAGCGCAUCCCCAAGGAAGCGUCAGAUGAUGCAUUGGCUUUGCACAACUUGGGCUUGUUGUCCUUCAACCCGGCGGCAAAGAACGACGCCGCCGGCAAGCUCAAGUCCAACCCGACGGUGGAGAACAAUGUCCGUGACAUGGACGAUGUCCGGAGCGAGUCCGGCUACGACGCCACCGGGGUGAGCCUGGCGCCCAAGGGUGCCCUGGACAACAGCUACUACACCGCCAACCUCCAGAACAUGGUGCUCUUCAAGUCCGACUGGGCGCUCACCACCAACCACACCGCCAAGGCCAAGAUGGUGGACUACAAGAAGGACGCCAAGGCGUGGUACGCCCGCUUCGGCAAGGCCAUGGAAAAGCUCAGCAAGCUUAAGGACAAUAACGCCCGUUACGAGAAUGAGCCUCGGACCAACUGCAGUGCCACCAACAAGAAGAGCUACUAAUAGCCAAGCGUGCGCGCCAAGAUUUGAACCACCACAGCAAGAGCGUUUAUGAAUCAUUGUUUUCUUCAUGUAUCAUUUGUUUAUUCCUGGUCUAUUACAUUUUGAUUAUAUUUUUCAUACACGCAUAUGUGUUCCAAAUAUGUACGUCACCGUCUAAAUCAAGGCGCGCGGUUACCCUUUUUAAAUAUAAUAUAUGGCCAUUCCAUUUGUUUUCUGAA